AUGGACAGCACCAACGGCAGCGUCCACCCUGACUUCCUCCUGCUGGGGCUUUCCAGCCACCCCGGCCAGGAGCACCUGCUCUUCUCCCUCUUCUUCUGCAUGUACCUCCUCAACCUGCUGGGCAACCUACUGAUCCUGCUGCUGACCCGCUCCGACCCCCGCCUGCGCGGCUCCCCCAUGUAUUUCUUCCUCAGCCACCUCUCGCUGGUGGACGUCUGCUUCACCUCCACCACCAUGCCCAAGAUGCUAGCCAACCUGCGUGCCCAGCGCCAGGGCAUCCCAUACAUCGGGUGCCUGGUGCAGAUGUACUUCUUUGUGGCCUUCGCCAUCACCGAGAACUUCCUGCUGGGUGCCAUGGCUUUGGACCGCUACCUGGCCAUCUGCCGGCCCUUGCGCUACGCCGUCCUCAUGAGCCCUCUGCGGCGCCAGGCGCUGGUGGGCUCUUCCUGGCUGCUGGCCCAUAUCCACUCCCUGUUGCACACCCUGCUGAUGUCCCGGCUCUCCUUCUGCGGCCGCACCCGCCUCCCGCAUUUCUUCUGCGACUUCCAGCCCUUGCUGGCCUUGGCCUGCUCCCGGAAGCGGCUCAACGAGCUACUCAGCUUCUUGGAGGGGGGCGUCCUCAUCAUCGGGCCCUUCCUCCUCAUCGUCCUCUCCUACGCCCGCAUCCUCUGGGCCGUGCUCCGGGUGCCCGAGAGGCGCGGCAAGGCCUUCCAGACCUGCGGUGCCCACCUGGCCGUGGUGGGGCUCUUCUAUGGCACGGCCAUCAGCGUCUACUUCCGGCCCCUCUCCAGCUACUCCGGGGACAGGGACAAGCUGGCCACGGUCAUGUACACCGUGGUCACCCCCACGCUCAACCCCUUCAUCUACAGUCUGCGCAACCAGGACAUAAAGGCCGCCCUGAGCCAGGGCCUAGACAGGCUAAGGGGGGCGUGGUGGGGCUGGGGUCAGGAGAGUCGGGGCCGGCGCCGUUACAGCCUGCGGCCAAAACUCCUGAUCGUAAACUAUCGCGCAG